UGGGGUUUAAAGCCGCAACUUCACAUUUCUGUUUCUGACAUCAUACGACGGAGGAGUCACCAAUUUUCCCGAAUACUAGGAAGUCCCAGAAGCCUCAAAGCCCAAAGCAGCAAACUUUCUUCAUUCUUCUUCUUCUUCAAAGCCUAAAACUCAAGUUAACUCUCCAAAAUUCAGAGGCAAAAAUGAGUGCCGCUUUGUUGAAGAACCCCGCUAGGAUUCCCUAUGCUUUGAUGCAGAGGCGCUUCAUUGCUCCAACGAGAGCUCCUUCUUCUCCUUUUCCUUUUCUCUGCAAGAACUUGCAGUCAAGGCCUUAUCUUCAGCUGCUGAAACCCAGAGAAUAUAAGAUAUCCCCAUAUUUGUUCUCUUCAUCAUUUUGUUCUUCAUCAUCUUCUACAGCUGCAUCGGCUUCACUUGCCAAGGUUGGCUUUGUGGGUUGGUAUUUGGGGAUGGUCAAGUCCUGGCCCAUUCUCACCAAAAGUGUUACUUCUGCUCUCAUUUACAUCGCUGCUGAUUUAUCCGCUCAGACUAUAGUGCGGCAAUCACAAGAUUCUUAUGAUUUCGUAAGGACUUUACGCAUGGCAGGAUAUGGCAUGAUCAUUUUAGGACCAACACUCCAUUUCUGGUUCAAUUUUGUGUCAAAGCUUUUCCCAAAAAGGGAUCUUUUGUCUACAUUGAAGAAGAUGGUCAUGGGCCAGACAAUUUAUGGACCUGCAAUGACUAUUGUCUUCUUCUCCUUGAAUGCUCGAUUGCAGGGUGAAACUAGCACAGAGAUUGCUGCACGUUUAAAGCGUGAUUUUCUUCCUACAUUCUUAAGUGGAGUUAUGUACUGGCCAUUUUGUGAUUUUAUUACAUAUAGAUUCGUUCCAGUCCAUUUACAGCCACUCGUCACUAACUCAUUUUCUUACUUGUGGACCAUUUAUAUGACCUACAUGGCAAGCCUAGAGAAAGCAAAGACUGCUUCCUGAUCAACAGUGUCAAUUCUGUUUCAUCUUCGAGACUGACUCACUGUAGAGAGUUUAUAUGGAAGCUGUGGCAUACAAGUCAAAUCCUUUUGGUUCCGGCCGGGAAUUUUGAUCUCACAUCUUCCAUAAUUAUAGAAUAUAGUUAUAACCAGGAUAUUAAGUUUCAUCAAUUCUUUUAAGCCCCGUUUUUCUCUCUGUUUUGGUUGUAUAAGUCAGUUUCUUAAAUGAGUAGACCAAGCAGAUGCUCUAUAAAGUUCUAUUAUUGAAGACAUUCUUUUUCUUACUUAAGGCCAUUUUUAGCCAUGUUUUCAA